AUGGUGGAUUUUUCCAGCAAUCGCUUACAUGGUGCCAUUCCAUCUUCGUUUUUCCAACAAGCUUGGAAUUUAACUAGUUUCAAUGUCAGUAACAACACCUUUUCAGGUCCUAUCCCAUCCUCUAUUUGUCAUCCUUCUUCCUCAUUACGACACCUUGAUUUUUCCUUCAAUAAUUUCAAUGGUAGUAUAUCUUCUGGACUGGGGAAGUGUUCCAAACUGCAGGUCUUCCGUGGUGGUUACAAUUACCUGUCAGGAUCGCUUCCAGAAGAUAUCUUUAAUUCUACCACACUUGAAGAGAUUUCACUACCUCUAAAUUCAUUGUAUGGAGCAGUGAGUGAUAGAAUUUCCAACCUCACCAACCUUACCACUCUUGACCUCUCCUAUAACCAAUUGAGUGGUGUGAUCCCUCUCCAUCUUGGGAAGCUCUCCAAGUUGAAACACAUAAUCCUUGAUUUCAACUAUCUGGAAGGUUCAUUUCCCCUAUCUCUGAUGAAUUGCACAAACCUCGUUGAACUACGUAUGGGAGCCAACAACUUGGGAGGUGAUAUCUCCAUGCUCAAUUUUUCAAAAUUUAGCCAACUUAGUAAACUCGACUUGCGGAAAAAUAACUUCUUUGGUAUCUUGCCAAGAAGCCUCUACUCGUGCAAGUUUUUGAAAGCAAUUCGAGUGAACUAUAAUAAUCUAGAGGUUCAAAUACAGUCUGAUAUUGUUUCAUUGAAAUCCCUGUCCUUCCUCUCACUCGGAGGGAACAAACGUUUGACUAAUGUCAAAGAGGCAUUGAAGAUACUGAUGGGUUGCAAACGCCUUGUAGUCCUAUCAUUAGCAUCUAGUUUUGUAGGCGAGGAACUUCCGGCUGAUCUUGGGACAGUUGAUUUUGAUGGAUUCCAAAAUCUUCGACUUCUGGAUUUGAGUUCCUGUAACCUUACUGGUCAAAUCCCUUUGUGGAUAUCAAAACUCAAAAUGCUGGAGAUCUUGGACCUGAAUCAGAAUAGAAUCACAGGCUCAAUUCCAAGUUGGAUGGGGAAUCUUCCUAGGCUGUAUACUCUAUCCAUGGAAUCCAACCUACUUUCAGGACAACUUCCAAAGCAAUUCUGCAGGCUACCGAUGUUGGUGUCUGAACAAGCUGCAGCUCAACUACAUCGUACUGAUAUUGAAUUGCCUAUAUACAUACCCAGUGUUCAUGCAAAACCUUUACAGUACAAUUAUUUAUUUUACGCUCCAUCAAUAUACCUACGUGACAAUUGCCUUAGUGGGAAUAUACCUAUUGAGAUUGGCCAAUUGCAGCUUCUCCAACUGCUGGAUCUUAGUGCUAACAACUUCUCCGGCAACAUUCCGGACCAGAUAUCUAACCUAAAGCAUAUGGAGAGACUGGAUCUCUCCAUGAACCAUUUGUCUGGAAAAAUCCCGGCAUCAUUCACAGGUCUUAAUUUCUUAUCAAGUUUCAAUGUCUCGUACAAUAAUCUAGGAGGACCAAUACCAUCAAGCACUCAACUCCAAAGUUUCAAUGCUUCUGCAUUUGAGGGGAAUCAACUUUGUGGUGCCCCACUUCCAAAUAAGUGUCAGACAACAGAGGGUGCUGAUGCACCUGAUAUGAGCACCCAAGAUGCAGACACCAAGGAGCAUCAAAUUCCAUGGUUUUAUGUUUCUGUUGCACUUGGGUACAUUACAGGAUUUUGGGGAGCCUGUGGUCCUUUAGUGCUUAUGACGAAGUGGAGGUAUGCAUAUUACCAUUUCCUAGACAAUGUACAAGACAGGUUCCAUGUGAUGAUAGCAAAGCGUAUGGCAAGCAUGAAGAGAAGGUUUGUUUAG